UCUUGAGACGGUCUCGUUACUGGUGUCUUGUCACUCUUCAUAAAAUAUGGCACUCCGAGAAUUUUCCAUAAUAUACAAAAACCAUACCAAGGAAGAAAAAUCUAAGGAAAAUCUGAAGGAAAUUUCGCCCCGUAAUGAUGUUGAUGAAAAAAUGGAACUUAAGCGACAGAAAAGCCAAAUAGAUUUGCUCCAUACAAUUGAGGAACUUAUCUCAACGGAGGAGAGUUAUAUUGGCAGUUUGUCGAACAUUGUUAAUGGUUAUAUUCAACAGUUUCGAGAGCCUGAACCAAAGGUACCCAUCCCCAAGGACUUGAAAACUCUGGCUCAUUUAAUCUUCAAUAAUAUUGAGGAUAUAUACCAGUUUCAUAAAACUUACUUUUACGAUGCCCUAAAAGCAAGUCAACACAGUCCUAACGAUCUGGCCAAACAAUUUCUGCGCUGUGAAUCUCAAUUCCAUAUGUAUUCGAAAUUCUGCAGUAAGACCAACAUGUCACAGCAAAUCGUCAGUCGAUAUAAGGAUUACUUUAACACGAUCGGCAGUGUUUUGGGAAGAAAGAAUUCGAUCGAUAGCGAUCUUAUGCAUCCGACGCAACGAUUAAUUCAUUACAAGAUGAUUAUGGGGCGUUUGGUUAACGACAUCCAUGUAAUGGGGUGCGAGGGUCAAGUUGUGGAUAAAGCCUACGAAAUGAUUGAGCGCAUAGUAAAGGAAACGGAUAGUUUUAAGGCCGUCGAUGGCAUUUGUAAUUAUCCCGGUGACAUCACCUGUCAGGGUAAACUAAUUCACAGCGAUUUUCUAAACUGUAAACAUGACAAAAAAUCGCUGCUUUAUUAUGUCUUCAUAUUCAAACAUAUUAUGCUGUUCACGGAACGACGGGGGAAGGACAUCUAUAAUUAUAAAAUGCAAAUACCGAUGAACAAACUUAAGCUCGAAAAGGGCAAUCCUUUUAUACUCACAACCGCUGAACCCAAUUCGAGGUUGAACAUUCGUUGCAGAGGUCAAACGCCUGAGGACCAUAGAAUUUGGUUGGAAAAAAUCCAAUCCGAACUGAGUUUACAGGCCCAACUAAUUGCGGAAUUAGAAAAUCCCUCGGACUCGGAUUUUAGUGAAUUUUGAGUAUUGAAUUUAAAUUGAAAAUUGAAUAAAAAAUAUUUA